GAUUGUUUUGUUUUGUUUUCUUUUUUUUCGUGUCUCGACUUCCCUACAAAGAUUAUCAUCAUCAUCAUCAUUAUAUUGUUUGUGCUGUGCGCGUGUGUGCAUGUUAGUCUUUGUCGUUUUUUUUUGUUCAUCUGUCAUAGAAAAUUGUGUUCAAAUAAACAAAUUUUUGUAUUCUCAUUCUCAUUAUACAUUCACAUCUUGUCAUCAUUACAACAGUCCGUCACCGUACAGUUUUGAAUUUUUUUUUUUGAUUAUUCUUCCAAUUAUAAUUAAUUCUUGUCGCAACGAAAACGAAAACCAAACAACUAAACAGUCAACAAUAUGGAUAUUGAUAAUAGUUUAUUGAAAUUUACCAUACGACAAGGUCGUAAAUCUGAACAUAGUGUUGAAGAAAUUGAACAAAUGAUGCCAUCAUUACCAUUGAAUUGUCCAUUAUCACCAUAUCGUCAAAUGGCAUCAUUUGAUUGGCGUGAUUUAAAAUUAGUUAUCGAUGGUGAACAAGUGAUUAAAUUUCGUAAUCGUAUAUUUCGUACAUUGGAAAAUGAUCCAUUAUUUCAACGUUCACCAGUGGAAGAAUUAACACGUGAACAGAAACGUGAAAUUACAUUUAAACGUUUAAAACGUUUAAUGGAAUAUAAUCUUUUACCUGAUGAUGAAUUUAUUCAGAAUCCAUUAUUAACUCAACAAUUGUAUAAUGCUCUUGGUCAAUAUGAUUGGUCAUUAUCGGCUAAACAAUUUCUUGCACGUGAAUUUGUUACAAUCAGUUUACGUGGUGCUGGUUCCAGUCGUCAUUUAGCCAUUCUUGAUCAGAUGCUCAGUUUUGAAGCAAUCGGUUGUUUUGCUCUUACCGAAUUAUCACAUGGUUCAAAUACAAAAGCAAUGGGCACAAGAGCCGAUUUUGAUGUGAACACUCAAGAAUUUAUUCUCAAUACGCCUAAUUUUGAAUCAACAAAAGUUUGGUCCGGUAAUAUGGGCCAAACUGCUACACAUGCUGUAACAUUUGCUCAAUUAUAUGUUAAUGAUCGUAAUCAUGGUCUUAGUGCAUUCAUUGUGCCAAUACGUGAUCCAAAAACAUUGUUGCCAUAUCCAGGCGUUAUUAUUGGUGAUAUGGGACCAAAAAUUGGUCUUAAUGGUCUUGAUAAUGGAUUUGCUUCAUUUAAAAAUUAUCGAAUUUCAAAAAGUUAUCUUAUGAAUCGAACUGGUGAUAUUGAUUCAUCCGGUGAUUAUGUUACAACAAUCAAAGAUAAAAAACAUCGAACCGGCAUUACAUUGGGUACAUUAUCGAUGGGAAGAGUUGGCAUCCUUUCAAUAUCGGUGGCAAAUAUGAGAACAGCCAUUACAAUCGGUAUACGAUAUUCAGCUGCACGUCGUCAAUUUGGACCACGAUCAAAUCCAACAAUCGAAUGGCCUGUUAUUGAAUAUCAAAUGCAACAAUGGCGUCUUUUUCCAUAUUUAUCAGCCACUUACGUUUUAGAUAUUUUCUGUCAAUCAUUCUUGAGAGAUUUCUUAAAUUUUCAAGUAGCCGUAUUGUUUGGUACUAGUUCACCAUCAUUGGCUGAAUUGGGACAAGAAAUACAUGCUGUUGCAUGUGCAGCAAAACCAAUUUCCGGUUGGUUAUGUCGUGAUACAAUACAAGAAUGUCGUGAAGCAUGUGGUGGCCAUGGUUAUUUGGCUGCAUCACGUCUCGGUGAACUUCGUGAUGAUCAUGAUGCCAAUAAUACAUAUGAAGGCGAUAAUAAUGUUUUACAAAUGCAGACAAGUAAUUUUCUUAUUGGUAAAUAUCAAAAAUAUAUUUCUGAACAACGAAAUGGAAAUGGCAAUGGUAAUGGUAAUGAUGUUUCCAAUGAUAUUUUGGAUGAUCUGAUUGUCGCUGAUAAUAAUAAUAAUGAUUUUAAAUCACAAAUGGGUUCCAUUGAAUUUCUAAAUGAUGUUGAUAAUAAUGUCAAACAAUUACGAUAUACGAAUGGUGAAGAUGUUUGUAAUAUGGAUUUUAUAUUACGUACAUAUCGAUUUCUUGUUUCUUAUCUUCUAUUACGAUCAGUUGACAAAUUGGAUUGUGAAUUGAAAAUAUCAAUGGGUGAUUUAUUUGUUGCACGUUCUAAUUCUCAAGUUUAUUAUUGCCGUUCAUUAUCAUUUGCAUUUAUUGAACAUUUUAUUAUGUUACGUUAUUCAAAAUUUUUAAAUGAAGAAUUAGCAGAUGAUGUACCAAUGGCUAUAAGACAAGUACUUCAACGUAUGGGUAUUCUUUAUGGUCUUUGGUCAUUGGAUGCACAUUCAUCAAUAUUAUAUGAAGGUGGCUAUUAUGAUGGCCAUGAUGCAAAUCGUUCAAUACGUACAACAAUAUUACAGCUUUGUGAAUUGAUUAAACCAGAUGCCGUAUCGAUUGUUGAUGCAAUUGCACCACCUGAUUUUAUACUUAAUUCUGUAUUAGGUUAUGCCGAUGGUGACAUCUAUCGUCAUAUAUAUCAAGCAAUGACAAUGAAUACAAAAACAUUCGAACGUGCUGAAUGGUGGCGUGAUUUUACCAAUGAUAAACCGGCUGUUGCAUCAUUGGAACCGAUUGAUAAUAAUAAUCAUCAAAAUGAAAAUAUUGAUCAACAACAACAACAACAACAGGCCAAACUUUGAACACCU